UCGGCUCGGCUCGAUCGCUUUUGGUGCAGUUGCGCCAUCGCAAGAUGCUCUAGGUACACGAACCAAUUCAUUACUGCCUUCCUGCUUUGCGAUAUUGAGAGAUAUGCCUCGAAAAAUAGCAUGCUAUAGUGUGCAAGAUGUCUAUUAUUAACAGCAACGGCCAUGUAUAAAUCCAGGCUCGGUGAGAUUGAAAUGUGAGGACUCUUGUUGAACUGUCCGUAUACUUUUCUCAUCAACCUACAAAAAAUCGUUGCAAUGACUAAUUCGCUUCUCUUAUCUCUCGCUGCCAUUCUUGCUCUUUGCAAUAUUGUUGGUGUUGCUGGACAAAUCCGUGGCGACGAAUGCCGGCGGUUCUACUGGUCGCCUCGGCUAAUGAACCGGUAUCUGCACGAAAAUUGGGUGGUAGACGAGCGCGAGGACGACAUACCGCAAACGCGAAAGGCAUACGAGCGCAACCUGCCAUCGCCAUACCGAAUCCUGCACCCGGACGAACAGGACGAAUACAACCACCGGCAGCACUACCGGCUGACGGUCUAUGUGGACGACAACAAUCACGUCACAAAGCUCAAAUGCUGCUGAUGUUUCCUCUUUGCCACUGCAAAUCCUCUUUCCCAACCAGUGCCCCCGACGAUUGGCUACAAUUUGGCCGAACCAAAAGAUUUCCUUUGUGAGCUCGUACCGCUCAACCGCCAGUUCCAGGCAGUGUGGCCGGAGUUUCACGGAAUAGUGGGAUUAGCUCAUGUGAAAGGCAGUGGGGAAUUUUUAUCUAUGGCGCGGGAA